UGUGGUGCCGUGUCAGAGUCACUGUUGAGAGACGUCAGCUGUUCCGAACGUGAUGGCCAUGUUGAAGUGUUGCAUGAUGGUGGCGGUGGCGGCGGCCGUGGCGAUGGCCGCGCCCCAGGGUAACCAGUACCUGCCGCCCACGAAAGGCUACGACUACCCGAAGCCCAGCAACCCGUUCAUUACGCCGACAACCACUCAACGACCCACCACUCACCACGACGGAGGAGUCUUGCUGCCUGAAUCCCGCCCAGGCGCGCACGACCACCACCACCACCACGAGCCCGGCAUGCCCUUCGACUUCCAGUACGCCGUGAAGGAUGACCAGUUCGGCACCGACUACUCGCACAACGCCAUCAGCGACGGCGACGUGGUGCGCGGCGAGUACCGCGUGCAGCUCCCCGACGGCCGGCUGCAGAUCGUGCGCUACACCGCCGACUGGGCCACGGGCUUCCACGCCGACGUGCAGUACGAGGGCGAGCCCCGCUACCCGGACGGCCCCGCCCCCGGCUUCGGCGCGCCGGCUCCUGGCUUCGGUGGCGGCGCGCAGGGCCCCGCGCAGGGCGGCCGCCGCCCCGGAGGCUACUGA